GGCUGCACAACAUCGGAGGCUGCAUGGACAGCUCUUCAGCAGGGUUUCGGCACUCUUUCUUAUGCUCAACAGACCCAGCUUGUUAUGGAGCUCCACAGCUUGCAAAAAGGUGACUUGUCGGUCACGGAUCUCCUCUCCAAAGCGAAGGGCAUCGCCGAUACACUGCAGCUUGCCGGCCAUCGCAUAUCUCCUGCGGAGUUUAAUGCCAUAAUCUUCCGCAAGCUUGGUGCCGAAUUCAAUGGCAUCAUCGGAGCUCUACAACAGCGAUCCGAACCCCCCUCCUAUCAAGAUCUCCUUGGACAGUUAGUUUCGUAUGAGGUGCUUCUUCACGCCCAACGCACGGUCCUUCACCCACACCCAUGCUUGUGCGGUCGCCACCUUCUCCUACGCCGCCUCAAUCCUCUCGUGCCGGUCGCUGCAACGCGGCGGCCGGCGCAAUCAGUUUCGGUCGUGGUGGUGGUCGCGCGGUUACACCCCUCCCGCUCUGGGUGA